CCAUUUUAUCUCUUCUCUUCAAUACUUGUCUCUUCUCUUCUCAUUCAUUCUCUUGUCCUCUAUUCCUUCCUUCAGUACAUUGCCUAUAUUCAUUCAGAUACAGAAGAAUUGGCGUCACAUGUUUAGCGGACAGUGUGAAGGGUGUGGUCUCCAUACGUCUUUUGAAAUGAUACAUUUGAGACAUAUUCCACCUCACUUUAGUCACCUCUCAGGACUACUGAACUUAUUCCGAUCAAAACUGACUAACAUAUUGUCUAAGAGACUGGAAUGUGGAGGAUUGACCACGUCUGGUGAUGGGAGUGAUUGUUUCCUUAGUCUGCCAGUAGGAGCAAGUUCUGAUCCUAUACAGGAGAUUCAUCUUUGUGCUGUUUGGCCUCUACUAACUGAAUUAAUAGUCACUGACAAUGAAACUAAUUCGUAA